CGCUUUUCAGACUGUAGUAAUUGCGCAUGCGCGCGCUGAGAUCUUUCUUUCGGCAGCGUCCAUCUCGAGGGGAGAGCGCUGUAUCUAACAUCAUGCCGAAGCAAGUCAACGAAAUUAAGGACUUUCUCCUCACUGCGAGGAGAAAGGACGCUAAGGCUGUCAAGAUCAAGAAGCUGAAGGACCGCACGAAGUUCAAGGUCCGAUGCAGUCGCUAUCUGUACACCUUGGUUGUGACCGACAAAGAAAAGGCAGAUAAACUCAAGCAGUCUCUCCCUCCGGGUCUUUCUGUAAAGGAGCUCAAGUGAACUUUACGUAUGGACUAAUAAAUACCAGUCGACUUGGUCAA